UCUGCAUGAAGCUGACCACUGCCACCUGACCAAGACAGAUGAGAGAAGAAGAAGCCACAGGGAUGGGAGGAAGGAGGCAGCCUCAAUGCCUCCCUGGAGGAGGUGGAGGUAGCCAGGACAGUGUGAUGAAGAGGUGGCUGGUGACCCUGUUGGGUCAAGAUUGGGGAGGCAGAUGUAUUCUGGGGGCUGAGAUGGAGAUGAAGAAGCGGUGGGGCUUGGAACAACUGUGGAAACAGGUUUUGCUCUGAAAUUAAGCAACCGAGUAUUUGGCCAAGACUAUGACCCACUAUCUGGCUCCCCUUGUUCCAAUAGCAAGCCAGAGGCAAUGACAAGAAUCCAGACAAAUGACUGAACCCUACAGACAAGUUUCAGGCCAUCCCAGCAACCAUGCAAAUGCGGUAGGAGGUGGAACGAGGACAGCAUUUCCCAGAGGAUACAGGAAAUGUGGGGUCCUGGAGGCUUCCUGGUGACCUGGAUUUUCAUUCUGGGACUGGGCAGCACAGAGGGUUUCUAUCGGCCAGGCCGUAGGAUAUGCUCCACAGCAGCUACCAGGCAAACUGUGCCUGUCACCGAGUCCUACAUCCAGAGGGUCUACCAGCCCUACAUCACCACCUGUGAAGGUCAUAAAGCUUGCAGCACCUAUCGGACCAUCUACAAGACUGCUUAUCGUUACACAUCUCAGAUAGCCUCCUCACCCCAGUAUGAUUGCUGCCCAGGUUGGAGAAGAAGUAAUGGGAUCCCUGGUUGUGGCACAGCAAUAUGCCAAUCACCUUGUCAGAAUGGAGGAAGCUGUACCAGGCCUGGUAAAUGCAAAUGUUCUGCAGGGUGGCAGGGAGAUACUUGCCAAAUAGAUGUGGAUGAGUGUAACAAGCCUGGUCAUGGCUGCCCCCAGAACUGCAUCAACAUUCCUGGGAGUUACUACUGCCAGUGCCAAAAGGGAUAUGAGCUGUCUUCCAAUGGGACACUAUGCCAGCCCCAGAGAGUUUCCCCAGGAGUGACCUCAACACUUAGUCCCACUGGGCAGCCUCAGCCAGAGGCUUCUGAUGAAAUGAAAGAAGAAAUAAAAAAGCUAAGGAAUCGAGUGGAUAUGUUGGAGGAGAAGCUGCAGCUGAUGCUGGCUCCCUUCCACAGCCUGGCACCCCAGGCCUCAGAAGAUGGACCAUCGGACCACAUAAGCCUUCUGUCCCACUCCUUCCAACAGCUGGAUCGUAUUGACUCCUUGAGUGAGCAGAUUCUAUUCCUGGAGGAACGGCUAGAGACCUGUUCCUGCAAGAACAAGCAAUAAGAGAUGCCCAGCCAAGCCCAGAGUCCUUGCUUGGCAGGGGAUUGAGAAUGGAGGCCCCAGAAUGGGACCACAGAGAAGCUGCCACAUCUUUUCCUUUUAAGAUGUCUGUCCUGAGUAUAAAUCUCAAGCCACAUACCACUCAACUUCAGGAAAAUAGUCUGGACUCUUUCCCACAAGUAGACCAAGCAGCAGGCUGCAAGGAAUAGCUUGUGAUAUUAGGAUGAACUGACACCCAGCCUUCUUUUAUCCUUCUUCCAUGACCCAACCUCACCAACCUCCCAUUCCCUCUUUUCCCUCGGUAAUGGUGGGACCUCAUCCUCCUUUCCCACUAUCUUGUUUCUGGAGUGAAGAAAAAAGCCACCAUCUUAUUAAGGUUCAUAUCUUCACCCUAGCUUGGAGAAGGCAGGCAUCAUUGGCACCAAGGAGCUAUGAGGCCCUAAAUCAGAUCAAGUGCCAAUCUGGCAGGGACCAUUUAGGAGAAGCAACAGUUAGAACUUAGGAAUGACAAACAAGAUAUGGUGGGGAAAAAACCAGGGAGUUUGGAGUAAGGGACCUAGAUUCUAAUCCUCCAGCCAUUUACUGUAUAGUCUUGGCCAAGACAGUUAGCCAGUUUCUUCAUUUAUAAAAAGAGGGAGAUAGUCUAAGUCAGUGGUUCCCAAACUUUUUUGGCCUACUGCCCCCU